AUGAGUACCAGCCUUUCGGUGAUCGCGUAUACAGCACAGAGUGAUGCAGUAGCAUCGUAUUUGCUGGAGUUAUGGGCUGGCGAUGCGUGCCAUUGGUUUGUUUUCGGGCUAUGUUUGGUCGGUGGUACUAAUAUUUUGCGAUCGGAAUCGGAUCUGUUUUCGGUGCUGAAUGAUCGACUGGUAUUUCGCAGGAAAGCAGAUGACUCGUAUGAGCUUGCAUUACAUGGAGUGAGUAACGAGAUGGUGCGGUACUUCAAGAAGAGUUAUAAUACAUUCUUCUUCAGACGGUUUGAAAGGACGGUUGAUGAACAGACGUUGGUAGUAGCAAUGGUGUUUGCUGCUGUUGAGCCGUUCCGAGGGCCCAAGGGAGAACCGGACUUCUCUUCGUAUGCUGGCAUAACGGUGCAAGUAUUAGCAGCAGUAAUGUUGGUUGUAUCGGGCUUCAUCGCGACGUUUUCAUACGGGCGAAAACGUCGACUAAUGUUGUCCGCGAUGAUGUUCUUGUUGGCCUGUUGUCUCUUCUCAUGCGUAUACGUAUAUAACUUUGAUCGCUCCGCUAGAAAGUCAGUGGAAGCGGAGGGAAGUACGGUGUUUUAUCAUACCGUUUGGGAUACAGAUCCUGGUUUAUUCACAAUUAUCGCAACUCAUAUUACUAUGUCGCAUAUGGGGUAUCUUUUCCUGUUGUUUUUGGAUUGUAUAGUGACACUGGCGGUGACGUUUAGCGCGUUGUUGUGGUUGGACACCUCCUCAGCUCAGCUGGUGAUAGCAGGGUUAGUGAAUUUCCUGUUGAUGAUGAUAAUGGGAUUCCUAUACACGUUAGCAAUAGAUAGUCACUGGCGACUUCUAUUCGCAUUGACUAGAGAUCCUGUACCGGUGAGCCCGAAUGCGAAAAUUGUUAUCGAGGGAUGGUCGACUGAGUAUAGUGAAAGAACUAUGUAUUAUAUCACAGUGGAGCUGGAAAAAAAGUCAUCGUACAAACUAUUGGUAUCAGCGGCUGAGCUUAGGAGUCGCCUUAUUGGCAUCCAGGACCAAAUUAGUAUUUAUGAUUGUGGGGAGGACGGAUGGACGCAAUACAUCGACACUAGUCUGGACUGCCUGGAUGAUGUUAGUGAUGGUGUUGGGCAUACGAGGGCCCUUCGACUCGAGACUCUCCUUAAUGGUGUUGCUGCUCGCUAUCCUGAGAUGAUACCGGUGUUGUUCCCACGUGCGGUGGGUGAUAACGUUCCGCGAAUGAAUAUGACAUUGAUAACAGUCGGCAGUAGAGGCGAUGUGCAGCCUUUUAUGGCGCUUGCGAAGGCUCUGAACGCGCAAGGCCACCGAUCCCGAAUAUGCACCCACGAUAAGUUCCGAGAUUUCGUUACUAAGCAGGGAAUCGAGUUCUUCCCACUCGCACUAGCACAGAAGGGACAUUGGCAACCAGAGACCCUUAUGAAAUAUGCGGAGGAGAACCCAGGGAUGGGUCCUGACCUGUUACUGAGUCCGCGAGACCUCUAUCACUUCAUGUUCCACGGACCAGAGAUGCAACACACGCUGAGGGAAAUCUACUUCCCUCCGGGUUGGCAGGAAAAUAAAGUCGGCAGUUGGGCGUCGGUUCAGAGUGUUAGUUCUAUGAGAUGGGUUACUCAUGCGAUCAUCGCGAAUCCACCCUCAUACACGCAUGUUCACUUAGCUGAGAGGCUCGGAGUGCCUUUACAAAUGUUCUUCACCAUGCCAUGGACUAAGACCGAGGCUGUUGGUCAUCCUCUGUGUGUAAAUGAGCCUGAUACGAAUCCUUAUUGGAAGAAAAUGAGUUAUCGAUGGAUGGAGCAGAUACAAUGGCGAGGUGUGGCAUCAGCGGUGAACACGUUUAGGCGGAAAGUACUUCAUUUGCCUAGUAUCGGCAUGUGGCAUAGCGCGGGGUCGCUGAUUGAUAAAUGGGGGGUACCAUUCGCGUACUGUUUCGCGAAGACAAUUUUGCCGAAGCCGGCUGAUUGGGGGCCGAAUAUUGACAUAACGGGUUUCUGUUUUGGUGGAU